AUGUUUAAUUUAUUUUUUUUUUCUCUCCAAGGAGUUCAAGGCGUAUGUGAAACAAAUGUAGAGGAAACUGCAAAGAGAUGCCUGUCUCGAUCCAUGACACCAACAAUCAGUUCAGGAGACCUGCUCAGAAAGGACAUCACCAGCUUGACACCUGGCCAAAUGAAAGAACUCUGCCAGUUAUUUCGCAAUUUCGAAGAUUGCAUUCAGGAAGAAUUAUAUGCUUGCAUUGACAACAAACAUGAACUGAAAAAGAUUCUCGAAUCAUUUGAGCAUUCCUUCAAUUACAUCUGCCAUGAAGGAUUUGAACUGUUAAUGAAAAUCAAGCCAUGCACCGAAAAGCCUGAAUUCAAGAAACAAAUGGGUCAAUGUUCGGAGAGUGCCAUUUACCGAUUCAAUGAAACAAAGAUGAGGCUGAUGACUAACUAUAUGAUUAAGGAAAAGGCGUGCAGGUAA